GCAUAGGAGGAGAUGGAAGUUUUCCCCUUGCUCUUGGUUUUGUCCGUCUGGUGGUCUCGAACCUGGGACUCGGCGAAUGCGGAUUCGAUUAUUCACAUCGGAGCAAUUUUUGAUGAAUCUGCGAAAAAGGAUGAUGAGGUGUUUCGCACAGCAGUUGGUGACCUUAACCAGAAUGAGGAGAUCUUACAGACUGAGAAAAUCACAUUUUCAGUGACGUUUGUUGAUGGCAACAACCCUUUCCAAGCAGUUCAAGAAGCCUGUGAACUUAUGAAUCAAGGCAUCUUGGCCUUGGUCAGCUCCAUUGGCUGCACGUCAGCAGGAUCCCUCCAGUCUUUGGCAGACGCCAUGCAUAUCCCCCACCUCUUCAUUCAGCGCUCAACAGCUGGGACCCCAAGGAGUGGCUGUGGACUCACCCGAAGCAACAGGAAUGAUGACUACACUCUCUCAGUUCGCCCACCUGUCUACUUGCAUGACGUUAUCCUAAGAGUGGUCACAGAGUAUGCCUGGCAGAAAUUCAUUAUAUUCUAUGAUAGUGAAUAUGAUAUCCGUGGAAUACAGGAGUUCUUGGACAAAGUAUCUCAGCAGGGAAUGGAUGUUGCACUUCAGAAGGUAGAAAACAACAUCAAUAAAAUGAUCACCACUCUCUUUGACACCAUGAGAAUAGAAGAACUGAAUCGCUAUCGAGACACUCUUAGGCGAGCGAUCCUUGUUAUGAAUCCUGCUACAGCCAAAUCCUUCAUUACUGAGGUUGUGGACACUAAUUUGGUUGCUUUUGACUGUCACUGGAUCAUUAUAAAUGAGGAAAUAAAUGAUGUGGAUGUACAGGAACUUGUAAGAAGGUCAAUUGGGAGGUUAACGAUUAUUCGGCAGACAUUUCCAGUUCCCCAGAAUAUAAGUCAGCGGUGUUUCCGUGGCAACCAUCGAAUAUCUUCAACAUUGUGUGAUCCAAAGGAUCCAUUUGCUCAGAAUAUGGAGAUUUCCAACCUUUACAUAUAUGACACAGUGCUUCUGCUUGCUAAUGCUUUUCAUAAGAAGCUGGAGGACCGAAAGUGGCACAGCAUGGCAAGUCUGUCAUGUAUCAGAAAGAACUCAAAGCCCUGGCAGGGUGGGCGCUCCAUGUUGGAGACCAUCAAGAAGGGUGGAGUUAGUGGGUUGACUGGAGAGCUAGAAUUUGGAGAAAAUGGAGGCAAUCCCAAUGUCCACUUUGAAAUCCUUGGAACCAACUAUGGAGAAGAGCUUGGCAGAGGUGUUCGCAAACUUGGGUGCUGGAAUCCUGUCACAGGUCUGAAUGGGUCACUGACUGACAAGAAAUUGGAGAAUAACAUGCGUGGAGUGGUUCUACGUGUGGUAACUGUUCUGGAAGAACCUUUUGUGAUGGUCUCUGAAAAUGUCUUGGGUAAGCCGAAGAAAUACCAGGGCUUCUCCAUUGAUGUUUUGGAUGCCUUAUCUAACUACCUGGGUUUUAACUAUGAAAUUUAUGUAGCACCGGAUCACAAAUACGGAAGCCCACAAGAAGAUGGGACAUGGAAUGGCUUGGUAGGAGAACUUGUCUUUAAGAGAGCCGACAUAGGGAUUUCUGCUUUAACCAUCACUCCAGAUCGUGAAAAUGUGGUGGACUUUACAACACGUUACAUGGACUACUCAGUGGGGGUACUACUUCGAAGGGCUGAAAAGACAGUGGAUAUGUUUGCCUGUCUUGCACCAUUUGAUCUCUCUCUAUGGGCUUGCAUUGCUGGCACAGUCCUUCUGGUGGGUCUACUGGUCUACCUCUUGAACUGGCUUAAUCCCCCACGAUUACAAAUGGGAUCAAUGACGUCUACUACUCUCUACAACUCCAUGUGGUUUGUGUAUGGAUCUUUUGUACAACAAGGUGGGGAGGUCCCGUACACGACUCUGGCUACCCGAAUGAUGAUGGGGGCUUGGUGGCUAUUUGCUUUGAUUGUUAUCUCAUCUUACACAGCAAACCUCGCUGCUUUCCUCACUAUUACACGCAUUGAAAGUUCCAUCCAGUCUCUCCAGGAUCUUUCCAAGCAAACAGAAAUCCCUUAUGGCACAGUCCUAGACUCUGCAGUAUAUGAGCAUGUCCGCAUGAAAGGACUGAAUCCUUUUGAGAGGGACAGCAUGUAUUCCCAAAUGUGGCGGAUGAUCAACCGAAGCAAUGGAUCGGAGAACAAUGUUCUGGAGUCCCAAGCAGGCAUUCAAAAGGUAAAAUAUGGAAAUUAUGCUUUCGUAUGGGAUGCAGCUGUAUUGGAAUAUGUGGCUAUCAAUGACCCAGAUUGUUCCUUUUACACCAUUGGAAAUACUGUUGCUGAUCGGGGAUAUGGAAUUGCAUUACAACAUGGCAGUCCUUACCGAGAUGUUUUUUCACAAAGGAUCCUGGAGCUUCAGCAGAAUGGUGACAUGGAAAUCCUGAAGCACAAAUGGUGGCCUAAGAAUGGCCAGUGUGACCUGUACUCCUCAGUGGACACAAAGCAGAAAGGAGGCGCCCUGGACAUAAAGAGCUUUGCAGGGGUCUUUUGUAUCCUGGCUGCUGGAAUUGUCCUCUCCUGCUUCAUAGCCAUGCUGGAGACGUGGUGGAACAAGAGGAAAGGCUCCCGGGUUCCAUCAAAAGAGGAUGACAAGGAAAUUGACCUGGAGCACCUCCAUAGACGUGUAAAUAGCUUGUGCACAGAUGACGACAGCCCCCAUAAACAGUUUUCCACCUCGUCAAUUGAUUUGACCCCUCUGGACAUUGACACUUUGCCAACACGACAAGCACUGGAGCAAAUCAGUGAUUUCAGGAACACUCAUAUUACCACAACAACCUUUAUCCCAGAGCAGAUCCAGACUCUUAGCCGCACACUGUCAGCUAAAGCUGCUUCUGGUUUCACUUUUGGCAACGUGCCUGAGCACCGAACUGGCCCUUUUAGGCACAGGGCACCUAAUGGGGGCUUUUUCAGGAGUCCUAUAAAAACAAUGUCAUCUAUUCCUUAUCAACCAACUCCUACCCUGGGGCUCAAUCUGGGUAAUGAUCCAGACCGAGGCACCUCCAUAUGAGCAUCAAACAAAUCUCUUCACUGUUUCUUUUUUAGGACUCCCUUUGCAAGGAGCAACUGUAAUAUUGUGGGACUAACAUGGAUGUAACGUUAAAAAAAAAAGAUCACGAUUAUUAGUAACAAUUCUAGUUUUUUCCUCCCACCUUCUCCCUCUCCUCUCUCCUGUAUUAUUUUCUCUCUUUCCCCCUCCCUUCCUGUACAUUUUCCUCCACUUUUUAUCAUUACUCAACUUGUUCCCCAAGAAGGUAGUGUACUAGGAUCCUAUUAGUCUGCUUUUCAUAUACUGUACAUCAAGUAUAGGAAAUGUGCACUGAGUAUACUAAAAGUAUAUGCAGGAUUAAUUUUACAUAAAGGCCUCUUCUGUAACAUUUCUCUAUUUUUAGAAAUACAAUUGCAAUAACUUCAGUCUUUUUACAUUCUUCUGCUGCAUCCAUACAAUGCUCCACUGCUGUUGAGUGUCCUUUAACUGUGGACCAAAGGCAACCCCUGCAGUGUUUAUAAAACAAUUUUAAGACCAUUCAGGCCACAUAAGAUGAGAAUGCAAUUUUGUAGGAUUACAAAAAAGCCAUUAAUAUGCCAGUCAAGACUACAGUUAAAACUACUCUUGCACUGCAACAGUGCAUAUGACCUUUAUGUGAUUGUACAGUAUUAGAAGUUUUUUCUUAUGUACAGUAAACUUUAUCAUAUGGCAGAAGCCUCUAUUGUGUUAAAUAAAUUAGUAUUUCAUAUAUAUACAUAUAUAUGCACCUAUAUAAUGUGUAUAUAUAUAAAAAGGCAGCCAUUGCUAUUGCAAUUCAUUUAAUAAAGCUUUAGUUUGAACAAAAGUAUUGUAUACAGGAACUAUGUAUAGUGCAGGGGUUCUUUUCAGUUAGAAAAGGCAGGUUGCUUUAAUGUUAUUCUGACUCGCAUUGUUUGCCAACAGAAAAUAUUUUAUACUUUUGUUAUUAAAACAUCCAGGGCAAUUUAAUAUUUGUUCCUAGAUGUAACUCAUUUGAAUAGGUUUUGCAUUUGUUAUUCAGCAGUGUAUAAAGCUAACCUUGAUAAUUUUACUUUUAAUUAAUUAUCUAAAUGAAAAAUGCUAUUAGCUGAACCACAUCCACAGCAGCACAUAGAGCUCUAGAAGAGUUGAAACAUAGAUCAUUGAAGGUUAAAAAUCCUCUUCCAAAGCAGCAAGUCAAUCAAUACAAUAAUGAUAUUUGGGGAGGGGUGGGAGCCCUUAAGAACUAUUGAUGUGGCCUUAAAUUACUGUCAUUUAUUAUCCUAAAGAAGAAAACAUAAUAACCAUAAUGGGCUCUCAACUCAACCCCCUUUUUUAUUUAGUUCUAUUUGGAGGAGUUAUGUAUUUUUUACAUUAGUGCCAAGUAUAUAGAAGGAUGACAGCAAAAACAGUGCCUCUUUGUGCACAACCCUUUUAAAGUAGCAUUCUUACUUGUUAGAAACGUAGAAUGAACCUUGUUUGUAAUCCUUAAAUUAAAAUGUGGUAAGUAGGAAGCAAGAACUUAUUCUGUGUUUUUACGCAGCCAUACAUUUACUUUAAUCUAACUCAUUCUGUGGCUAGGAUUGAUAUAGGAAUCAACCUAUGUGAUUUGCUUUAGGAGAAAUUAAAAGGUAUAUUCUUAAGAUAUAUUAUAUUUUGAUGCUAAUUCUGUUCUGGGGAGCAUCUUGUAUUGUCACUGUUUUGUACUAAAUCUUCAAAUAUUGUCUACUGUGUAAGGCAGAAAAAUUUCUUAUCAUGCAAAAACCAUUUUGUUUCCAGGGUAACAAGUAAAUAAGUGCAUGCACAACUUGUUUUCCCUUGUAACAUUCAUGAUCUCAUUUACAACUCUCAUUUUAAAACAAAAAAAUCUUUACAACAAGCUAUAUAGGGACAUACCAGAUGUUGCAGUGAUUUUAGCUAUCAACAAACUGUUAACCAUGUACAAUAUUUAAAAUAGGCUUAUUUUGAUGUAUCGCCUAUUAUACAAACACACAAAACAUUUUUGAAAGCCUCAGUUAUGAGUGACAGAGCUUUCUGUGUAUAAUUUGUCUAAAUAAUUUGUCUAAUAAAAAUGUUUUCUAAACUUGCUCUCAUACUAUUGAAGUCUUAACUGUAAGAUUUGAAAAUGUUUACUCUCUCACAGAUUGAACUAAAUUUUUCUAAAAAUUUAUCCUGAGUUAAUUAAAGCAUAAAUCACAUUAAGUUUCACUGGCAGAACUAUGCCAAAAUGAAUGGCUCUCUAAAACAUUACUAAGUGAUGUCUUAAAUCAAUGAGAGACUGCCUUUCUGCUAUUUGAGACUAUUUGAACCAAUAAUAUAUUUGUUUUUCUCUGUGGAUAUCUCUGUGAGCACUUUUUUGGGAAAGAUUUAUCCUGUUUCAUGUAAGCAAUGCAACCAUUAUGAUAACAUCAGGAUGAGGGGGUGUUACAUCAAAAAAAAUAAGAAAGACAAGAAAAUUAAGGGUAAUAACUGAACUUAGGAUUUAUUUCUUAAAAAUUACUUUUGCUAGAGAACUAUUUGUCAUGCUGAACCUAUUAAUCUGGGAAUUUAGCCUCUAAGAUUAUUUCUAAUAGUUUUCCUGCAUUUGAACAAUAAUAUUUAAUUCUUCCAGCAUUUAACACACCUAAGGAAUAUGUAUCUGAAAAUGUAUUUUGAAAACAUAAUUCAGUAAAAAAAAAAUAGUUCUCUAUUGUUCUAAAGUUCCAUCCAGAAUAAUUCUUUGAAUAUUGGAACUAAGAGGAACUUUAGAGAUCUAGACUAUUGACCUCAUUUUACAAAUCAGGGAAAAUAAGAUGCUAAGAUGCUGUGAUAUGCCCAAAUGUUUGACAACCUAAAAUGUAAACUGGGUCUUCUUUUUUAAAACUCUGCCACCCUUCAAUCACACCAACAUAGGUCCUCAUGGAUUGUAAAUAUAGGCUCCACCUUCUCCUCUCACCAAGCCUAGGCUACAAAUCUCUAGGAUCCUUCCUUCCUUGUUUGGGACACAUAGAUCAUCUGAUUCCACUUUUACACAUGGGAAAGUGAGUACCUCAGGUUAUUUACCCAGGGCCGUAGCUAGUGGCAAAACUAAGGUCAGUUCCUGUUUCUGUCUAUGCUUGGUUUUUUGGCCCACUGUUUGUCCUGGUUUGCAACACUUAGACCAACCUGGCUAUUUCACUACAAGACAAAAUACCUUAUAUCCAAGUACUUUUAUUCUAUUCAAAUGUCCAAUUUACCCCACUGGUAAAUCAUUAAGAUAUCUGGUAUCACUGUACCACAUCCGAACUUAUGCACAGGUUUUGGUUUAAUCAUACGUACUUAAAGUUGUAAGACUGCCUUCUUCCUCAUACCAUUAAACUACAGGCAAUUCGUCAUGUUCAUGAUCAAGUUAUUUUUCACCUCUUUUAGUUUGGGAUUGGCUGUCAACUGAAUAAAUACUUUUUUAAAAUAGA